AUGAGAGUGGCGGUGGUGGGCGGCGGGGUGAGCGGACUGGCGGCGGCGCAUGAGCUGCUUGCUACGAGUGGCGGAGGCGACGUGCGUGUGACCCUGUACGAGCAGGAGGACAGCCUCGGAGGGCACGCCAGAACGGUGGCCGUCGACGACGGCGCCGGCGGCUGCGUCCAGCUCGACCUCGGCUUCAUGAGCUUCAACAAGCCCCGGCCAAAGCUCCAAAGCAGCACUGACGCUCCGGCGAGCUCCAUUGCAGCCCGGGCGCAGCUCCAAAGCAGCACCGACGGCCCACGCAGCACUGGCGCGUCCGGCGAAGCUCCAUUUCAACUCCGGCGGGGCUUCAACAGCUGCGACACCGGAGCCGCCGCCGACCGCUGCAACGCAACACCGUGUGUCGCCGGUGAGAGCUCCAUUGGAGCACCGAGCGCUGCACUACAGCUUCGGGCCCGCCAGAGAGCCCUGCAACAUAGCACCGGGAGCCGCCGGAGAGAGCUCCAAUGGAGCACCGAGCGCGGCACUGCAGCUUCGAGAGCGCCGGCGAGCUCCAUUGGAGCACCGAGCGCUGCACUGCAGCUUCAACAGCCGUCGGCGAGUGCUGCAACGCAGCACCUGGAUCCGCCGGCAAGAGCUCCAUUGCAGCACCGCCGCUGGCUUGCGGGGCGUGUAGUGGUGGCCGUGGCCGUUGGAGUGGGGGGCGGAGGCGGAGGAGGAGGAGGAGGGGGUGGCGGAGGGGCGCGCGAGGCGGCGGAGCGAGUCCUCGCCGAUGACCUUGGCGCCGCGGUCGGUGUCGCGCGAGAGGUCGAUGCGGUCGGGCCCGUGGAUCUUGUAGUAGGAGAGCACGCCGUCGCUGAGCGCGAACCAGCGCGGCCGCCACCCGCGGCCGCCACCCGCGGCCGUAGUUGA